GAUUAAACCCGCAUUUUGCUGCUACUGCUUGCCUCAUCCCAAUCCUCAUUUUCGCCAUCCACUCUCCAUCAUCCAUCUCAACUUCUACACACAGCAACGAGCCCUCUUGUCCUUUACAUCAACUAUAGUCAGCUGGCCUGACAUAUCAACCUCACAAUGUCUGGACCAGCCCUCGCCAGACAGGCUUGCAGAGUCUGCUCUAGACGACCAUCAGCAAACAUACUCGCUGCGCACCCCAGACCUAUCAUCGCCGCCCCAAGACUCUACUCUCGCAACUAUGUAUCCCAGUCCAAGCCAUCUCAAGCUCAGGUUGCGGAUGUCGAAUCCGCUAUCAAAGCAGACCAGAAGAAGUUCAUUCAAGAGAGUGGCAAUCUACCCUCACAAACCAAGGUGCCUGGCACAGGAAUUUCAGGGGACACGCUGAUGAGCCCUGCUGCGGGCAUCCUCAAGCAAGCUACAGUCAUGGACCAAGGUUCGCGGCCGAUCUACCUUGAUGCCCAAGCUACAACCCCUGUGGACCCGCGGGUUCUCGACGCUAUGCUUCCUUUCCUGACCGGUCUUUAUGGAAACCCUCAUUCACGAACACAUGCUUAUGGAUGGGAAAGUGAGAAGGCGGCGGAACAAGCGAGAGAGCAUAUUGCAAAACUGAUUGGCGCUGAUCCGAAAGAGAUCAUCUUCACCAGCGGCGCCACCGAAAGUAACAAUAUGAGCAUCAAAGGUGUGGCGCGAUUCUUUGGGAGAUCGGGCAAGAAGAAGCACAUAAUUACCAGUCAGACUGAACACAAAUGUGUGCUUGACAGCUGCAGACAUUUGCAGGACGAAGGAUUCGAAGUCACGUAUCUGCCAGUCAAUUCGAACGGCUUAAUCGAAAUGCAGCAAUUGGAAGAUGCCAUCAGACCUGAGACUGCUUUGGUCAGCAUCAUGACUGUCAACAAUGAAAUUGGGGUUAUUCAACCAGUUGAAGAAAUUGGGCAGCUAUGCCGGAAGAAGAAGGUGUAUUUCCAUACCGAUGCCGCUCAGGCGGUCGGCAAAAUUCCAAUCGAUGUCAACAAAUGGAAUGUCGACCUGAUGUCCAUUUCCAGCCACAAAAUCUAUGGACCUAAGGGUAUUGGAGCCUGUUAUGUCAGAAGACGGCCUCGUGUCAGACUCGACCCUAUCAUCAGCGGUGGUGGUCAAGAGCGAGGUCUUCGGAGCGGAACUCUUGCACCGCACCUUGUGGUUGGCUUUGGUGAAGCUUGCCGAAUUGCCAAAGAAGAGAUGGAGUAUGACUCGAAGCGGAUCUCCUUUUUGUCAAAACGACUCACUGACGGCUUACUCUCCCUGGAACACACUUCACUCAAUGGUGAUCCCACUCGGCGCUACCCUGGCUGUGUCAAUGUUUCCUUUGCAUACGUCGAAGGAGAGUCGUUGUUGAUGGCACUGAAGGAUAUUGCGUUGUCGUCUGGCAGUGCUUGUACUUCUGCAUCGCUUGAGCCAAGUUACGUCCUGAGAGCAUUGGGCAAUAGUGAUGAAAGUGCGCACAGCAGUAUUCGCUUUGGUAUCGGACGAUUCACCACGACGAGCGAAAUCGAUUAUGUCCUCAAGGCUGUUCGCGAACGAGUCACUUUCCUGAGAGAAUUGAGUCCUCUCUGGGAACUUGUCCAGGAAGGUAUUGAUUUGAACACGAUCGAGUGGAGUCAACAUUAGUCCUCACCGACAUGUGGAAAGAAAGCAACAAUUAUGAGGUGCAAGUGUAUAUCAUGGGGAUUUCUUGGGCAUUUGUAACAGUUAUUAGGGGGCCCUCUUGUCCUCUGUACCAGUCUUUACUACCCCAGCCACGGCAUUGUCAGUGCAAAUGAUAUGACGAAGCCUCGACUACAAGUGUGCAGUUCUGGUAGGAUCCUUGAGUCCGUAGCCUCGAAUCAUAUUCUUGAUACCCCGUCC